CACGAGCAGCCCAACCUCUUCUGGCUGAACGGCCAGCCUGGCUCCGGCAAGACGACGAUCGCACGGACCGUUGCUGCGCGAUGUUACGAACUAGGCAUCUUGGGAGCGAGCUUCUUCUGUUCUCGAUCAGUUGCCGACUGCAAUAAUCCCUCCAUGAUCUUUACGACAAUUGCAUUUCAACUUGGACUGUUUUUCCCCCCUUAUAGAGAUCAGGUCUCUGAAGUACUUCGAAAGGAUCCCCUUCUGGUAUCAUCUAGCGUCUCUCGCCAGUUCGAAGAGCUGAUAUUGCAGCCAUUGGUGCACCUUCGCAAAUCCCGCGACGCCACGCCAUCUUUUCCACCGUGCGUCGUGUUGAUUGACGCACUGGACGAGUGCCAAGACCCAAAGGCCACGUCUGCGGUGCUGUCCACUCUGCUCAAGCACGCAGAUAAUCUCUCCCCACUCCGAUUCUUCAUCACCAGCCGUCCCGAUCACCAUAUCAUCACCAGCUUC